UUUUGCGUUGCGGAAUUCCUCUCUCCACUAGACAAAACACCGAGACGAAUGAGUACAACCUCGACUUGUGUCUUUUCACUUCACUUAUGAAUGAGAUGUUCAUACCUGCCAUGAACCGAUGCAGUUCAAUAAUGCAAGCCGAACCCGGACUCAGAGGUUAAGUAGCAAACAGUCUUCAACAUGCCUCCGGGUCAUCUGAGCUCAUCACAGUCGCGAUGGCCCCCAAGGAAUGCAUUAAGUCGGACACAACAUCCACCGCAUCAAAAGCUUUGGAAAACCGGGGUUGAGAGCUGCAGGUGGGAGGGAUACAUGGUUCUACUGACAAUGGCGUCCAAGGAGCUGCAUAACAGUGUCCAGAAGAGAAAUCGUCUACGCGAAUGUCAAUUGUGUGGGGUCCUGUUCGCUUUAGCAGGAAGUUUAGAAAACAGACUUUCUGUAUCAGCAGCAUCCCGGCAUCAACUGAUUCGAAGAGCCCAUUGGCGCAGUUCUCUUGAGCGGGAAUUCCGAUCGGUCAAUUGGCUUUACAACCGGGUGUCAAUUUUUCUUUCAGGCUCGGUGGGCGGGCCGUAGGCUCUUCUUGGAUCGAUCGCUUAGUCGCUGGCCACCAUGGCUCAACGAUUGGAAUCGGGGC